AGUUGAACUCAAGUUUCAAAAAUCAUAUUUAGGACUGGAUCCAAGUCUUUUGACCAAUAACCUAAAAAGUAGUUGGGUUUAACAAGUACUCCAACUAUACAACUAAGAGAACGAUUGUGAAAUGAAUGAUUUUUUAUCAAGAUUGAUCAUCGAUACAAAAAAUAAUAAUAAUCAAAACAAUUAAAUAAUAGAAAAUUAGUAUAUUUAUAGAAAUUUUAAAUUAAAUCCAACAUAUAUACAAUGAGAUUUGAUCAUAAAAUCUAAUGCUUCCAAUCCCUCUUUCUUAUUAUUGAGACAAAACCUUAUAUAUAUAUAUAUAUAUAUCUAUAUAUAGCAUGAACAAAGUUUUAAUUUGUGGAAAAUAAAAGUCUAUUGCUUGAUUUUUCACGUAAAGGCACGCACUUGUCUCAUUGCAAAAUUUUUUCUAAAUUAUGUCAGCCACUUUCAAGAGAGAGUGAUUUUAGUGACUAAUUUAUUCAAGUUUCAAUUCCAAGAACAGUAGAAUUCACCACCGAUAGGAGAAAAAGAAAGAGACUAACACUCCUUUUGGUAAGAAGGAAAGGAAGAGGGAAUUUUCUUUUCCUUUCCCUUUUCUUUCUUUCCUACAAAACAGAGUGUAAACGAGGACCUUGACUUGCCAACGUUUCCUUGACUUGAUUUCCUUACUGCACUGUCAAUAUAUAUUGUUUUUGAAUAAAAAAUAAUAAACCAAAUUAAAAUAUUUAACAAAAUAUUCUGUAGACAAAUUUUAAUCAAUUUAUAUUCAAAAGCCAUUUUAUAGGGAUGGCUAUUAUUGCCAAACUCCUCGAUUGUCUAUAUAUAUUAAGCUCGAUGCAAGGCUUAUUAUUAUAUAUUUAGAAGUAGCAGUUGAGAGAGAAUUGAAAAUAUAGAGAUCAUAUAUAAAGAAAAAGAGAUGAUGGAACCCAAAUGGUUGUGGUUGAGUGUGUUGUUGUUGUUGUUAGAAGGAUGCAGAUGGUAUAGCACUGAUGCGUGUUGGGAGGAUGAGAGGAUUGCUCUCUUGCAACUCAAACCUUUCUUCAACCAUUAUAAUGAUCUGAACAGCUGGGUGGAGGAGGUCAAGGGUUCAGAUUGCUGCCAAUGGGAAAGGGUCGAAUGCAACACCUCCUCCUCCUCCUCCAGGCGAGUCAUAGGACUCUCUCUUUAUCAAACAAGAUGGUCCGACGAUGAAAGAUGGUAUCUCAAUGCCUCUUUGUUUCUCCCUUUCAAAGAACUGAAGCGUCUUGAUUUAUCAGGGAAUAGAAUCGCUGGUUUUGCUGAAAAUGAAGGUCCCUUUUGCCCUUUCAUUGCUAAUUUGCAAUAUGAAAAUUCAUUCAGAAAGGAGAUAAAACUAAGGAUGACCAAUUUGGAGGUUCUUGAUUUAAGUAAUAAUCUCUUCAAGAACGACACUUUUGCAAUCCUUUCUGGCCUUCCAAGUCUAAAGUCCCUGCAUAUGGGGAACAACCAAUUGCAAGGCUCAAUAGAUAUUAAAGAUAGUGGGAGACAGCUGAACUUAACCCAUUUAGAAGAAUUUGAUUUGAGUGAUAAUCUCAUUAAGGACAGCAUAUUUGCAUCACUUAGCGGGCUUUCAAAUUUGAAGUAUUUGGAUAUAAGCUCCAAUCAGUUAAAUGGAUCAAUAGAUAUGAAAGACUUAGGUGCUUUUACCAACAUAGAGGAACUGGUUAUGAGCGAUAAUGAUUUGAAUGAAUUUGUGGCCUGUAAAGAAUUGCAUGUGUGGAGCAAUGUGGAGGAAAUAUUUCUAGACGGUUCUUAUCUCAACAACAACAUUUUGCAAAGCAUUGGAAAUUUCUUCCAUGAAUUUAUAAAAUUUUCAGGUUGGUGUGAUUUAAAGAACCUUGAAAAGUUGGACAUCAAAGAGAAUGCAUUUGAGGGGAUACUUCCUUAUUGUUUGGGUAACUUGACAUCUCUUCUUGAGUUAGAUAUCUCCGACAAUCAAUUUACUGGAAAUUUGACUCAUUUAGCAAAUCUUUCAUCACUUAGAUCUGUCACCCUUUCAAGAAAUCGUUGUCAAAUUUCAAUGCCAUUCCUAUCACUUGCAAACCUUCCAAAUCUCAAGUUUCUCUUGGCUGAUGAAAACAAUAUAGUAAUGGAACCUAAUUCCUUUCAUACUUCAAUUCCAAAGUUUCAACUAAAUGUUUUCAGCUUGUCAAAGUGUACAACAGAUAAAGGACUUAGCCUACAACCUCCUAAGUUCCUUUAUUACCAAUAUGACUUGAGAUAUGUUGAUCUUUCCUAUAACUAUUUCAGUGAAACAGUCCCGUUAUGGUUGUUAGAAAAUAACACAAAAUUAGAAAAUCUCUUCUUGUUGGGCAAUUCUUUCACCGGUCCUCUCUUGUUACCACAACUUCCUAAUCCUAAAGUGUCUGUAAUUGACAUAUCUAAUAACAAAUUGCAAGGCCAAAUUCCGACAAAUAUAUGUUCAACUUUUCCAAAUUUGGAAUGGUUAUUGUUAUCUAAGAAUGCCUUUGAAGGUAAUAUCCCUCCUUGUUUAAGUAGCAUGGACACUUUAUCAUUUUUAGACCUAUCGGACAAUCAUUUGUCUGGAAGAUUACCAGAAGAGUUGAUCAUGGGAAGUUCAUUAGAUAUUCUUAGGCUAUCAAAUAACAACCUAAGUGGAAAGAUUGUUCCUAUGAUGUUCAACACAAGCAAGUUGUCAAAUUUGUAUUUGGAUGGCAAUAAUUUUACCGGAGAGAUUCCUGAUAUUGAUGUCUCUGCUUCUGAUUUGUCAUAUUCAUCACUAGAGGAUAUUGAUCUCAGUAAUAACAGUUUUAAUGGAAAGCUCCCAAGAUGGAUAGGGAAUGUACCGCAUUUGAAGAGAUUGGCUUUGUCCAACAAUCAUUUCGAAGGUUCUAUUCCAAUGGAAUUGUGCAACUUGUAUGAGCUUGAAUUUUUGGAGCUUUCUGAAAACAAUUUAUCUGGCUCUAUUCCUUCUUGUUUCAAUCCACCAUAUUUGAGACAUGUCCACAUGAAGAGAAACAGACUAAGUGGUCCAUUGACACUUGUUUUUGAUAGCUCUACAUUAGUGACAUUAGAUCUUAGAGGGAAUAAUUUGACCGGUAAUAUUCCAAAAAGGAUUGGCACAUUUUCUACUUUAAGCGUCCUUCUUUUGAAAGAUAAUCAUUUAAACGGUGAAAUUCCAGUUCAAUUAUGCAAGUUGUAUUCAUUGAGCAUCAUAGAUCUUUCUGGAAAUAUGUUUUCUGGUCCUAUACCUUCUUGUUUGGGCAAUUUAACUCUGGCAAUGAAAGAGGAGAAGUCUCUCAUAGAUGAUUAUUCGUCUAUAUCAAAUCGAAUACAGGAUCCACUAGUACCAAUAGACAUUUGGUUUGAUUUAUCACAUAUUCGUCCUCAUAGCUGCAUGGAAGAAUGGAUAGAGUUUACAACAAAGAGUGUGUCCUACUCAUACGGUGGUGACAUUCUUAAGUAUAUGUCUGGAAUUGAUUUAUCUUGUAACAGGUUAACUGGGCAAAUCCCAGUGGAACUGGGAAACCUGAGUGAAAUCUGUUCGUUAAACUUAUCACACAAUAACUUAGUCGGAGUUAUACCUUCAUCAUUUUCACAACUUAAGCAAAUUGAGAGUUUGGACCUUUCUUACAACAACUUGAGUGGGGGAAUCCCUAUACAGUUGGUUGAGUUGAACUUUCUAGAGGUUUUCAGUGUGGCACACAAUAACUUGUCAGGUAGUACUCCAGAACCAAAAGCUCAGUUUGGGACCUUUGAUGAAAGCAGUUACGAGGGAAACCCUCUUCUUUGUGGGCCUCCACUGCAAAAUAACUGCUCUAAAACUGACUCACCAACAAUAGUACCAACUACAGCAGAUGAUGAAGGAGAAGGUAGUUUCAUGGACACAUAUGUUUUUUGUGUGAGCUUUCUGGUUUCAUAUGUGAUUGUUUUAUUGGUAAUUUUUGUUGUUCUAUACAUAAAUCCAUAUUGGCGACAAGCAUGGUUUUCUUUCAUUGAGAGUUGCAUCACAACUUGUCGCUACUCAGUUGCAGGCAAUUUUCUUGAGUUAUACAUCUUCAAAAGAUGUGUUUAGGUGUCAUAGGAGAUCUUAUGAUUUGCCCUUAGUUUGAUUGUAGUGAAGAUUUGGAAAAAGUUUAUUUUUGUUGUCAAAAGAAAUUUGGUGAUUUGAUCUUUUAAAUGAGGGAUUUCUUUUAGCUGAUUAUUCUGUUAAAAUGGUUGUAGAAAGAGUUGUGGAUUUGGUUACUCAGAUUGCUUAGAAAGAGUACUUUGAUGAUUUUGCACUUUCAACAGAGCUUUUUGUCUCCGUUGGAACUCUGUUUUUGGUAUUUGUUUUGUUUGGAAGGAAGCACUGUCUUUUGGAAAUUAGUAUUACUUUACAAAAUGAGCCAAUUCAGCAUUGAUCGAUGAAAAUGAUCGCAAAAUGCAUUUAUUUUUUUAUAGGGUUACAAAAUAUUCCAAAAUAAAAAUAAUAAUAAUAAGUUGAUAUAUCUCAUACGCAAGAAAAUCCCAUCAAAUAAAUAAAUUAAAUGCAUAAUCUUUCAAAGCAAUAAUAAAUAUAGGGUGUUAGCUACUGGGCCAAGGACUUAGUAUAGUUUGUUAAUUAAUUAUUUUAUGAUUGUAAUUUGAUUAUGAUGUAAUA